AUUUAAAAAUUGUCAACAGUUAAAUAAGUUUAGUUUAGUAAUAAUGCUGAACGUGGACACUUAAAGCUGUGAGCUAGGUGAUAAGAAUACAAGCAUUUAUAUAGAAGCUGACUAGACUAAGAGAGGGUAAAAAUAAACACAGUCAAGCCGUUUGUGUUCAAGUGGAUAAAUUUAUCUUCGAAGGCUUUCAUAAAAAAUUAUUCCAAGUAUUUGGAUAUCGUUUUGAGAAACGGGGCAAGAUUUAAUUCAUCAAUCAUGAUGCCGGAUAUUGUGGAAGUGUCGAACAAUAAAUGUUUUGGAGGAUGGCAGAAAGUUUUUUCUCAUCAGAGUGUCGAGUUGAAAUGUAAAAUGAAUUUCGGAGUUUACUUACCGCCACAAGCUGAGACAGAACCAGUGCCAGUAAUUUAUUGGCUGUCAGGGUUAACUUGCACUGAAGCUAAUUUCAUUCAGAAAGCUGGAGCGCAACGAUAUGCAUCAGAACACGGUGUGAUUCUCGUUAUUCCUGAUACAAGUCCGCGGGGCGAGUGUAUUCCCGAUGACCCGGAGUAUGAUUUUGGUAUGGGAGCUGGGUUUUACGUCGAUGCGACUCAAGACCCAUGGAAAAAUCACUUCAGAAUGUACAGUUACAUUACUAAGGAAUUACCCACUCUUAUCAAUAACAAAUUCCCGGUAAUUCCUGGUCAGCAAUCAAUUAUGGGCCACAGUAUGGGAGGGCAUGGAGCUUUGAUUUGUGCUUUAAAAAAUCCAGGACUGUAUAAAACAGUAUCAGCAUUUGCGCCCAUCAGCAACCCCGUCGAGUGCGACUGGGGAAUAAAAGCAUUCUCUGGAUAUCUAGGAAAUAAAGAUGAAAAUAUUGAGCUCUGGAAAGAGUACGAUGCUACGCACUUGUCAAAAAAAUAUUCUGGGCCGCCUUUAGAUAUUCUAGUUGAUCAGGGAAAAGAAGAUAAUUUUCUUAAACAAUUAAUGCCAGAAAAUUUAGUCGCAGCUGCUGCAAAUGAUAAUUUGAUGCUCACACUAAGACACCAAGAAGGAUAUGAUCACAGUUAUUUUUUUAUCUCAACAUUCAUUGAAGAUCACAUUAAGCAUCACGUUAAAUAUCUUAAGAAUUAAUGUAACACUUAAAAAUACUCAUUUUUAUAUUUUUUAUUCUUAAUAAAAAAAAUAAUUAUAAAAACCAA